GCAGUGGGUGCGGACUUGGUCCACCAAAAACGGUGCUGAAGAAGGAGGCUUCGCUUCCUUCGCUUACCUACAAUGGAGAUACCAGUGUACACGCUGGAUUCCUUCACCAAUUUGCCGUUCAAGGGAAACCCUGCGGCGAUUUGUCCACUUCUGCAAGAGCUGAGUGAUGACUUGUAUUACAAGAUAGCAGCAGAGAUGAACCUCUCAGAAACUGCUUUCAUCACCAGGAUUAAUCCCUCUGACAGCUUUACUACAGGAUCAAGAUUCCGCCUUCGAUGGUUUACACCAACUACUGAAGUAGACCUGUGCAGUCAUGCCACUCUGGCCUCUGCAGCAGUGCUAUUCCAACACAUCAAAAAUGUAAAUCCCACCCUGGUGUUUGAGACCAAAAGUGGAGAUCUUUGCGUCACCCAGAAGGAGGAAGGGUACAUCAUGGACUUUCCUCUGAAUCCCCCCACCAGAGUGGAUCCCAACGACUUCAAAGACACCAUCAAGGCGGCAGUCGGACACCUCCCGGUUCAGGAAGUUUUAUUUUGCUACAACACCAAGAAGCUGCUGAUUCGACUGGCUGACAGCUGUGACAUCUCCGCGCUUACCGAUCUGAAAGUUGACACUGUGGCUCUUGAGAAUACUGAGAGAAGUGGAAGAUUCUGCGCCGUCAUCGUCACUAUGAAAGGAUCACCUGACUGCCAGCCACGAUAUGACUUCUACUCGAGAGACUUUUCUCCAUGGGUUGGCGUCCCUGAGGAUCCUGUCACUGGCUCUAACCACACCAUCCUAGGUAGCUACUGGUCUGAAAAACUAGGAAAAAAGAAAAUGCUGGCUUACCAGUGCUCCAGUCGUGGUGGCGAGCUGGAACUUGAACUGAGGGAUGAUGGAAGAAUCAACAUAGCUGGACAGGCCAUCACUAUUCUGCAGGGAACAAUCAAACUGUAGGCUGAGAUACAUCCAAGAAGACGGUGUCUGAUGUUCUAUCACAACUAUUGUGUCCCUGCAGAUAGACACUUUAUGGCUCUUGUUUAAAAAUGAGAUGGCUCAAAUAAAAAGAAAAAACGCACUCAAGUCCUGACUGUUCUAUCCUGAAAUGAUUCAACUAACAUACGUAGCUUUGUUACGCUUUUUAUCAUUCAUUCAUAACAUUACAGCAAAAAAAUUACAACCAAAAGAUUUUAAAAUGGUAUAAAUGGUAAAUGGCCUGUAUUUAUAUAGCGCUUUAAAAAAAAACAGAAACACAAGAACACAGCAGGUAAAAUUCGAAGAGUCACGAUUAGCCUUGUGGUCAGGAGAAUUUUUAACAUUUGCUACUUAUUAAUAAAUGGGAUUCAAUAAAAUGAAGUACAGCUGAUAUGGACUAAACUAAAAAAUGAUACUGUGCAGAUUCGUUUUGAUCCUAAAUAACAUGUACAUAUUCCUGAAAUUAAAAGUCAUCAUGAUGA